AGAUCAGGCCCGGCUAGGCGCAGCUGGAGGACUCAGUUGGUCGAAGAACCGAGGGGGGCGUGUCAGGAAGUCAGGGAGCGGAGCCGUGGCGCGGUGGCGGCGGUCUGUGGGGGUAGGGGCGAGUGCGGCUCCGCGGGAUCUUUAGAGCUGGCGGGCUCGGGGCAGAGGAGGCUGUGGAGCCCGACCUGAGCUUGGGGAUACGGCGGCUGAGCCCGAGCUCGGGCGCCUUGGGCGGGGCAAUGGAGGAAGAAGAAGGAUCAACACCAGAAUUACGUGAGAGAAAAAAGUCAAGCUUCCCUGAAAGUGAGCAAACAGCUCUACAAACUCUGCAAGAGAAAACUGUAGAUAUUCCAACUGUGAGGAGAUCUUCUAAAUAUGCAUUAUUUCAACGAAUUGCAAAGCUUUUCUUGGGCUGUCUUGCAGCAAUUACUAGUGGUAUGAUGUAUGCGCUAUAUUUGUCAACAUACCAUGAACGAAGAUUCUGGUUUUCCAGCAGACAGGAGCUUGAACGGGAAAUCACAUUUCAGGGUGACAGUGCCAUUUAUUACUCCUUUUAUAAAGAAAUGUUAAAGGCUCCUUCAUUUGAAAGAGGUGUUUAUGAGCUCACACACAACAACAAAACUGUGUCACUGAAGACUAUGAAUGCAGUACAACAAAUGACUUUGUAUCCAGAACUGAUUGCCAGCGUACUGUAUCAAGCAACUGGUAGUGAAGAGGUUAUCGAGCCAGUAUAUUUCUACAUUGGUAUAGUUUUUGGAUUGCAGGGAAUUUAUGUGACUGCAUUAUUUGUUACAAGCUGGGUUAUGAGUGGAACUUGGCUAGCAGGAAUGCUUACUGUUGCAUGGUUCAUUAUUAAUAGGGUAGAUACAACAAGAAUUGAAUAUUCUAUACCUUUAAGAGAAAAUUGGGCACUACCAUAUUUUGCAUGUCAAGUUGCUGCUCUUACUGGCUAUUUGAAAAACAACAUAAAUACUUCUGUUGAGAGAUUUUGCUACUUGUUGGUGAGUGCUUCGACAUAUACUUUCAUGAUGAUGUGGGAAUACAGUCACUAUCUCCUAUUUCUUCAAGCAAUCUGUCUAUUCCUCCUAGACUCAUUUUCCCUCAUGCAAGCAGACAAGGUUCAUGAAGUGUACAAAAUCUAUUUGUUGUCCCUCUUCCUGGGAUAUUUACUACAGUUUGAAAAUCCAGCUUUAUUAGUAUCGCCUUUAUUAAGUUUAGUAUCUUCCUUACUGCUUGCUAAAUGUCUACAGCUGAAUAUGAAAAAAGGAACUCGCAUAGCCAGAAUGGUGAAAGUGAUGUAUUUUUAUUUGAUAUUUAUACUAACAGUGAUGCUGAAUGUUGUAAUGAAGAUGUUUGUCCCACACAAAGAAAAUGGGCACAUGUUAAAAUUCCUUGAAGCAAAAUUUGGACUAAAUAUGACUAAGAAUUUUACAAUGAAUUGGCUCCUUUGUCAAGAAUCCUUGCAGGCUCCAUCUCAGGACUUUUUUUUGAGAUUGACGCAGUCAUCCUUAUUGCCUUUCUAUAUUUUAGUUUUAAUUAUUUGCCUUUUUUCUGUGAUACAAGUUAUUUUUAGGAGAAUCAAUGGUAAACCUCUAAAAGAAAUACUUACUCUUGAAGAUGGUCGAAUUGGAGAAAGACCAGAAAUAGUUUAUCAUGUAAUUCAUACUAUUUUACUGGGUUCUCUUGCCAUGGUGUUAGAAGGCAUGAAAUACCUUUGGACUCCUUAUGUGUGCAUGCUGGCAGCAUUUGGUGUAUGUUCUCCUGAACUUUGGAUGACCCUUUUCAAGUGGCUUCGCUUGAAGGCUAUUCACCCAAUAUUUUUGGCUCUCAUUCUGAGCAUGGCUGUACCUACCAUUAUAGGUUUUAGCUUAUGGAAAGAGUUUUUUCCAAGAAUAAUGACAGAACUUUCAGAACUACAGGAAUUCUAUGACCCAGACACAGUAGAACUUAUGACAUGGAUAAAAAGGCAGGCUCCAGUUGCAGCUGUGUUUGCAGGGAGUCCACAGUUGAUGGGUGUGAUUAAGUUGUGCACUGGAUGGAUGGUGACCAAUUUGCCUCUUUACAAUGAUGAAGAUCUUCUGAAGAGAAAUGAAAACAUCUAUCAAAUCUAUUCAAAGAGGUCUGCUGAAGAUAUUUAUAAGAUACUUACGUCCUACAAAGCUAACUACUUGAUUGUAGAAGAUGCUAUCUGCAAUGAAGUGGGAACCAUGAGAGGAUGUAGGGUUAAAGACUUGCUGGAUAUUGCAAAUGGCCAUGUGGUUUGUGAAGAAGGUGACAGUUUUACCUACUCAAAAUAUGGACGAUUUUGCCAUGAGAUCAAAAUUAACUAUUCUCCAUAUGUGAAUUAUUUCACUAGAGUAUACUGGAACAGAUCUUACUUUGUAUAUAAAAUCAACACUGUGAUAUCCUUCCAGUCUUGAAAAAUAGCAAAGCCUUCCUUUCAAAGACUGUAUGACAUGAAGAAACAUGGAAUGCUAUUUUCCUACUUAUGUAUACUUUUGCAAAUCAAAGUUUGGACCUUUGAAAUGGUGUUUUUUCCCCCCUGGUUUUUUUUUCUCAUUAAUUUGUUUCCAGGCCCAGAAUUUCCUAGGUAAAAAUAACAUCAACUUAGGAUGUUGAUAAUGUAGCAAAUCUUCCAGUUUUGACUUAUGCCAGUAACAUAACUUUCUUUUGCAUUGGUCAUCCUAUAUUUUACCUUCUAAAGUACUAUCACAUCUUCCCUGUAGAUGUUUAUCUAAAUAAAAUAUAUUAGAACCCCAUUAUCAUAUGGAUUUGAAAAUAUAAUUGCAUAGCAGUGAAACCUUGCUAUAAUACAUUUAGUCUAUAAGGGAAUUUUUUUGUCCUGGAUACCAUGGCAUAUAACUUUACUAAUCCUUAUAAUAAAGAAUCAAGGAAAACAAUAAACGUAAAGAGAAAUAGUAUAGUUUUAAAUGGGCAUUAUACAAAGGGAAGUAGUCUUUUAAAAGAUUUUAAAAUUACAUGAAGUUUUGUUUUUUCUAGUGUCCAAAAUCCAAAUAUUUAUGAUAUUCAUACAAAUAGUUUGGUUUUUCCUUAAAUAUUGCUUAUAAGUGAGUACAUUACUUUUUAAAAUAUAUCCAUGCAUAAUACAUUUUAAUUCUGUAUUAUUAUGUAGUUAAUUUUUUGUCACAGUAAAAUGUCAUACAUUUGAUACCAGUUUAAUCAUGAUUUUAAAAUAAUUAUUGGUGCCUACAUUUUUAAUAUGCAUUUCAAAGGCUGUUAACAUAUAUUUUAAAAUAUAAAUAUUGGAAAUAAAAUCUGCUUGGAUGUUUCUUGUCAGAAUUUUUAAUACAGUUUAGUCUGUUGCCAGCUACUAUAGUGGUAUAAAUUAUUUUGUCUUAACUUCUUGGCUGUAUUAAAGGAAAUUGAAGCUCCUUAAUAUAACCCAUCCUAAAAUAAGAUUGCAUAUGCACUAAAAAGACUUAAAAUUACUCAUGAUCUCAGCUCUUAACCACAUGUCUGCACAGAUGGAUACUUAUUAUUAAAUAAAUUAGAAAGAAAUUCUUUGUCAUUUAGCAAGCUUCCCUAAAAACUUCAAUAUUAAAGACUAACUGGUCAUUUUAAUCAGCUUUGCAAAUUUGUCAUUCUUCAAAUUUACAAGCCUUCUUGUGGUCUCUUAAUUGCUUUCAAUAUUUGCUAAGACAUCAAUGUGAUUUAUGAGAAGUGGCAACCUGUAGACAUAUUAUGUUUAGGAUAUACAGAUAGUGCUUAGUUGGGUUUUUUUUUUCAUGCUCUUGCACAAUUUUUUUUUCAGAAUGUUCAGUUUUUAAAGUAGUGCUGAAAUCACAUCACUACUAUGAACAAUAUUAGAAGGAAAAAGUCUUCAUUAUGCAUGAAUGUAUUUUUGAAAAAUCAUAUGUGUUCUUUUAUGGCUGUCAUAUGGAGAGUAUAUUCAGUGUUGAUGGAACAGAAUCUGUUUCAUUAGUCAUUUUCACAUGUAUAAUUCUGUAAUUAUAGUAAGAUAUCUUCAAUAAAACUACUUGUACUUCUUGGGGAUUAUGUGAGGGAAUCUAUACCCUACCCCCAAUGGCCUGGCAUCUCUGGACAUCCCCUGAUGUCAGCUGGAGCAUCAUUGUACAGCACCGCUACAGAGAAGCCCAAGGCUGUCUUGACUUCAGAGUUUGAACUAAGGACUGUUGGCACUACUGCAGAACAGUAUAGGUCAAAAGCCAGCUAAAUGGAGAAUAUUAAGCUUUUAUUUAGAGUGAUCUAUUUCCACCCUCUCUCAUCAAUCACCUUAUCCUUUCUAUUAAUAAACUAUCAAAACCUUUGGCCUGGUCCCACAUUUUUAUAUUAAUAGUAGUCUUUUGCUUUAUGCCUUACGAUACUGUUGAACUGGUUAAUUGAACAAAUAUUAUCUACCAUGCUUCACUGUAUAAGAUUAUGAGAGUAUGUAGUAAAUUCUAUAAUAGUAUGUACAUUGAGGAUGUCAAGAAGGAAUAAAGACAGUAAUGGGAAAUUGGCCUCCCAGUGCAGCAUCAAAUAAGUUACCUUUUCAUUGAUGUUUGGUAUUAUCAUUGUCUUAAUGUUGCACUGAGUUGGUUUAAGGCCUUUUUUAAAUAAUAAAAAUUUUCUUUUACUUCCACUAGUUGGCUUUGCUAAACAGACUUUUUGAUGGAUGUGAAGGAAUUUCCAGUUGAACUUUAUUAAGAAAAUAUUUUUAUGCAGUAGCUGUUAAAAAGAAAUACCUGAAUCUCUUGAAUAGAAAUGAUUAUGUUGGACUUUAUUAAAGAACAGUUUGUGUUCGAUUUUAAUAGUUAAGCCACAUCAAAACCUGGAAAAUUUUGGGUAGAAGUAGCCAAAUCCAUAUGCUGUUUUCUGCUUAUGAAAUAAUAUCCUCACUUGAGUCAUUUACAAUUUCCUUUUAUAUGUUAAUUAUAUGUCCUAGCAAUCUAAAAUAAGCAGUUCAUAAUAAGUGUCCAUACUUUUGAGAAUGAGAAGUAUUUAUGAAGGAAAUCCAAAUAUACUUUGCUUAUGGUACUUCAAACCUAUUAAAAUUAAGUGCCUUGAUUAUUCUGUUUUUAGCUCCUUUUCCAAAAGUUAACCAUUUUGCCCACUUUCUCUGGGAAAUUAUGCUAACAUUACUUUAAUAUGCUCAUUUUCUAGGCAGUAUCCUCAUUAUAUUGAGUUUGUUAUUAGCAUUUAUUGGGUGAGAAAGGUCCUAAUACUUUUUUUUAUUUUUUAAACCCUUACUUUUCCGUCUUAGAAUCAAUACUGUGUAUUGGCCUUGGCCUGACUCAAUCCACUGAGCCACCCAGCUGCCCCCUAGGUACUAAUACUUUUAAGGUACCUAUGCUAACUAAAAUAUUUUGCUUAUUUGAUUAUACUUCAAAACUCCAGAGUAAAAACAAAAACAACUACCUUGCAUGUUUAACAAGGCCUAUUGCACCAAAUCAUUGUUAACCUAUCCUUAGCAAUUCUCAUUCCUGGCUUAUUACUGAAAUCUUUGUGUUUCUGCAAUACUUAAUCUCCUUUCUGCUUUUGUAGUUACUAAAAUUGUGUUGCUUUCAGUUGAAAUCUUUUUUAAUGAUGCCUAUCCAAAUUAUCAGUCACAUAGCAGUGUGCCAAUAUUUAAAGUUUCAAAACACUCAGAAAAAUUCUAAACUGGCACGUGAAAAGUGGUAAGUCAAAAAAAGCUUUGGCACAUAGUUAUCAGCUUAAUCAUAUCUAUAAGCUCAGACUUCUCUGACUUCCCAUUUAAUCUGGAUUAAAACUAACGCUGUGUGAGAAUUAUUAAAUUAUACUAUAAUUGUAUUUACUUUUGAUGAUUUCAUGAGAAUUUUAGCCUUUUUUGCCUUUGAACUCUUAAAGUAUGCCUUUUAUAUUGUAACUUGUGUGUUUCACUUUACAGAGAGAGCAUGUGCUUAAAAUUGUAUAUAAAUUUUUUUUUCAAAUAAAAAAUUUUUAAUUGCCCUAA